AUGAAGAUCCAAGAAACAAGAGACGUCUCCCCGAUUAGAGAACGUAUGCUUUCUCCAUCACAGAAACCACAGAUCAUGGAGAGAAGAGUGUUUGGCAUUUUGGUACUCUCAGGUCUGUGCCAUUUCGCAUCCUCUCUUCAUCAUCGUCAGUAUCACUUCAUCAGCGAGCCCAAAACUUGGCCUGAAGCCCAGCAAUACUGCAGAGAGAAACACACUGAUUUGGCCACUGUCAACAAUGUGCAGGACCUGGAAGAACUAGCUGGUCUGAUUAACUCUGAAGUUACAUCUUACAUCUUCUUAGGUUUGUACAGAAGUUGGGGUUGGUCAGUGUCAGACGCUGACGACUACAAAGAGGGAGAACUUGGCUACUGGAACUGGGCAAGUGGUGAACCCGUGAAAUAUUUUUGUGGGAGCAUAGGAUCGACUGGAGAAUGGUUUGCUACAAACUGCAACAGCAGUUUGAACUUCUUCUGCUACAACGUUAUAUUUAUCAAACAGCUGAUAUCAUUUGUAGGGUCCACCACUGAUAUUUCUCAGAGGUUUAUUUUGGGGCAAGGCUCCAUGGACUGGCUUGCUGCUCAGGCUUACUGCAGGACACAGCACACAGACCUGGCCAGAGUGCGGAACCAGCUUGAAAAUGAGGAGCUGCAGAAGAUUGUGAACAACGGCUCAGUCUGGAUCGGGCUGACGGGGAUGUCCUGGAUGUGGUCCGAUGGGAGUGAACCCUCAUUCGCACCCUGGAGACCAUUUGAGCCCCUGUUUUCUGGACUCGAUGAUUGUGCCAUACUUGAGGUCAACAGCAAUUCUCUUGGAAUGACAGAUAGGGGUUGUGAUGAAAAAAUGCCCUUUUUUUGCUACAGUGCUCCACAGAGGAAACACUUGGUGAGACUGAAGCUGACUGCUGACAUCUCCUCUGUGGACAUGACAGACUCGGCUGAGAUGGAGUCAAUCCUGAAAUGGGUGGAGAGGAAGCUGAGAGAUGAAGGUGCAUCUGAAGGUGUAAAACUGAGCUGGAGGAAGCUUCCAAAGAAGGAAAAAAGCACAAAACAAGAGCAAACAAAAACACUUCAAACACAUGAACAAGAGUGUGUUCCAUAAUUCACACAUCUCAUCAUAUUUUGUGUAUUUAUCCUUUCAUACUUCUUGUUUUAAUAUUACAUAAUGCCAGAAUUCUGAGUUACAUUAUAAGUUCAGUUCAUUUCAAUAAAUCUCUGCAUAUUCUAAUUUACGCUAAUUUCUAUAAAGAGAUUAUUAUGUUCACUUUAGGUGG